GUUAGGUACGGAAUGGGGCGAAUAGGCGGAAAAUUUCACAACGGGUUGAUUUGGCUAUGAUUGGCUAUGCUUUCGACCCUCGUUCUGGCCAACCGUUGUUUUUGGCGGUUUUUGCUUGCUGCCUUUGACCGAUUCUGCAAAUAUUUCGGCGUGCCAUGACCGUGUGCCUGUGGUGCGACCGUGCUUUGGUUUUUUGUCGGUGACGAGACGAGGCAGCUUCCUUGCAGUGGCUAAUUGAAAUACCAGGAGAUCUGCAGGCCAGAGAAAGAUGACUCGCUGGGCCCGCAGUAAAAGCUCGCACAAGCACGAGCGACAACCACAGGAGGCGACAGCGUGGAAAGACUUUGUGGCACAGCGCCAAGCUCAGCAUCGGGAAAAUGAUGCUGAAGACGUUUUGAGCCCUGCAGGGCCAAGAUGGCCUGACAACCUAGAGCCGAAGGCCAGGGAAGCAGGCAUUCACCGGGUAAGCUUUCCUAAAAAGCCACCAGGAGCCGAUGUGACCACGAAGGACACUGCGGCACCUGCCAAGACCUCCGGUGGUAAACUGGAGCUCAGCAACAAGAAAACGGGACUGGAGAAAAUGCCCAAGGAAAACUCAAGCUUACAGACGAAUAGUGCUGACAGUGAGGUACCUGCAGCCUCUAAGAAGAAAGUGGGUAGAACACUGCCCAAGAAAAGAAAAGCCCCGCUUCAGAAAGAGGAAGUGUCAUCGGGCACCACGGACAACUCGCAGCAGGUCACUGCGGGUGCUGAGGUUCCAUUGCUUGACAAGAAAGCCAACAGUCCUGCUGCCAAGAAGAGAAAGAAAACUCCAAGUGACAAGAAACGACAGGGUCCACCAGCAGGGACUAAACAGAGCGAGUCAAACUCACGAGGCUCCAAGGUGCUUCCAGUUCAGUACAGAGGCAAGGGAACAGCCAAGUUACCUAGUCCACACCAGGAGCAAUUGGAAGAUCUGUCAACAGUGGCUGCUCCGGGACGGUCACAGCCGAAAAAGGGUAGAGGGGCAAGCACUAAGACUUCUGGCGUUGACCAGGGGCAGUUGGAAGAUGCAGACAGUGUCCCUCAGGGAGCCAAGGCUGAGAGGCUCCAGCGGUUACGCAGAGAACGAGAAGCCAAGGGAUUGCUGCUGCUUCCAGAGAAGGUGGAGCGUAAGAUUUACAUGCUGAAGAAGGCCAUGCGCAAGAAGGGGCUGCCGGGAGAGGAGAUUAAGGAGGCCGUCCGCAAGAUGCGCAGGAAAGAGGAGCUGCUCUUCCGCAGGCAGUUGGCAAAGCUGUGCUUCAAGUGCCGCCAGCCAGGCCACCGGGUCCAGGACUGUCCAGUCAUGCUGGGGGACAGCGACCAGGCUGUGGGCAUCUGCUUCAAGUGCGGCUCCACCGAGCACUUCUCUUCAGCGUGUGCCGUGCGCACCAGUGCCAGCAAUGAGUUUCCAUUUGCCAAGUGCUUCAUCUGCCAGCAGCAGGGCCACCUGAGCCGCAAGUGUCCCCAGAAUGAAAAGGGUGCCUACCCAAGGGGCGGGCACUGCAAUUUCUGCGGAGCUGUGGACCACUUCAAGCGGGAAUGCCCAGAGAUGGAGAGGAACAAGAAGAAGGCGGAGGAGGGGGAGGAGGCGUUCGCAAGCGUCGCGGACCUCGCGCAGAGUGCAGAUGCCGAGAACCUCCAGCCCUUCCCAGUGCUGCCCAAGACGAAGAAGUCCAAAGUGGUCACCUUCUAAGGCCGGCCCCCUCUUAAACAUGUGCUUCACUACCCGCAGAGCAGCACUGAACGAAGAGAGUGUUAUUAUGCAACUGUUUUUAGUGUACUGGGAAAGCUCGAAGCUGGGGAAUCUGGUUGUGAAUGAACCUGGUCUUUCAGUAAAAUCGGCAAGCAUGACUCGUGUGUAUUGGCUGACUGAGAGAAAGCAUUCGAGUGGCAGAGGCAGAGAUGAGGAGCAGAAGUAUGCUGCAUAACACUGUUUGCAUAAAUACAAAGUUUUGUGUUUUU